GGGCCCGGCAGCCCCCGCAGUCGCUGAAGUGGCCGCGCCCGCCGCGGGGAGGGAGCAGCCCCUGGGGAGGCUCCAAGUUGGAGAGGACCCCCAGACUCCUCUGCGGCCCGCCCCGGGAGGGGCUGAGAGGCGAGCCGGGGAGGGGGCGCCGCCCAGCCCCGGGCCCCGAGCCCCGAGCCCCGACCCCGGAGCCCCCUGCCCCCUGCCCGCCGCGGCACCAUGCGCGCCGAGCCGGCGUGACCGGCUCCGCCCGCAGCAGCCCCGCAGCCUAGCGCGGCGCUCUCGCCGGCCACUUCGAGCGGCGCCCGGGAGCUAUGAGCCAUGAAGCCGCCGGGCAGCAACUCCCAGCGGCCGCCCCUGGCCGGCUGCAGCCUUGCCGGCGCCUCCCGCGGCCCCCGCCGCGGCCCCGCCACCCCGGUGCCGGCCCGCGCGCCGCCCUGCCGCCUGCUCCUCGUCCUUCUCCUGCUGCCUCCGCUCAGCUCCUCGUCCCGGCCCCGCGCCUGGGGGGCUGCUGCACCUAGCGCUCCGCAUUGGAAUGAAACUGCAGAAAAAAAUUUGGGAGUCCUGGCAGUUGAAGACAAUCCAGUGCAACAGAAUAGCAGCAGUAAUAUCAGUUACAGCAAUGCAAUGCAGAAAGAAAUCACACUGCCUUCAAGACUUGUUUAUUACAUCAACCAAGACUCGGAAAGCCCUUAUCAUGUUCUUGACACAAAGGCAAGACACCAACAAAAACAUAAUAAGGCCGUCCAUCUGGCCCAGGCAAGUUUCCAGAUUGAAGCCUUUGGCUCCAAAUUCAUUCUUGACCUCAUACUGAACAAUGGUUUGUUGUCUUCUGAUUAUGUGGAAAUUCACUACGAAAAUGGGAAACCACAGUACUCUAAGGGUGGAGAGCACUGCUACUACCAUGGAAGCAUCAGAGGCGUCAAGAACUCCAGGGUGGCUCUGUCUACCUGCAAUGGACUUCAUGGUAUGUUUGAAGAUAAUAACUUUGUGUACAUGAUAGAGCCACUGGAGCUGAUUCACGAAGAGAAAAACACAGGUCGACCACAUAUAAUCCAGAAAACCUUGGCGGGACAAUAUUCUAAGCAAGUGAAGAAUCUCACUAUGGAAGGCAGUGACCAGUGGCCAUUGCUGUCUGAAUUACAGUGGUUGAAAAGAAGGAAGAGAGCAGUGAAUCCAUCUCGUGGUGUAUUUGAAGAAAUGAAGUAUUUGGAACUUAUGAUUGUUAAUGAUCAUAAAACGUAUAAGAAGCAUCGCUCUUCUCAUGCACAUACCAACAACUUUGCAAAGUCUGUGGUCAACCUUGUGGAUUCUAUUUACAAGGAGCAGCUCAACACCAGGGUUGUCCUGGUGGCUGUUGAGACCUGGACUGAGAAGGAUCAUAUUGACAUCACCACCAAUCCUGUGCAGAUGCUCCACGAAUUCUCCAAAUACCGGCAGCGUAUCAAGCAGCACGCUGAUGCUGUGCACCUCAUCUCGCGGGUGACAUUCCACUAUAAGAGAAGCAGCCUGAGUUACUUCGGAGGUGUCUGUUCUCGCACAAGAGGAGUUGGUGUGAAUGAGUAUGGUCUUCCAAUGGCAGUGGCACAAGUAUUAUCGCAGAGCCUGGCUCAAAACCUUGGAAUCCAAUGGGAACCUUCUAGCAGAAAGCCAAAAUGUGACUGCACAGAAUCCUGGGGUGGCUGCAUCAUGGAGGAAACAGGGGUAUCCCAUUCCCGAAAAUUCUCCAAGUGCAGCAUUUUGGAGUAUAGAGACUUUUUACAAAGAGGGGGUGGAGCCUGCCUUUUCAACAGGCCAACAAAGCUCUUUGAGCCCACAGAAUGUGGCAAUGGAUAUGUAGAAGCUGGAGAGGAGUGUGAUUGUGGCUUCCAUGUGGAGUGUUACGGACUGUGCUGUAAGAAAUGCUCUCUCUCCAAUGGGGCUCACUGCAGCGACGGGCCCUGCUGUAACAACACCUCAUGUCUUUUUCAACCACGAGGGUAUGAGUGUCGGGAUGCUGUGAACGGGUGUGAUAUUACUGAAUAUUGUACUGGAGACUCUGGCCAGUGCCCACCAAAUCUUCAUAAGCAAGAUGGAUAUGCAUGCAAUCAAAAUCAGGGCCGCUGCUACAACGGCGAGUGCAAGACCAGGGACAACCAGUGUCAGUACAUCUGGGGAACAAAGGCUGCAGGGUCUGACAAGUUCUGCUAUGAAAAGCUGAAUACGGAAGGCACAGAGAAGGGAAACUGCGGGAAGGACGGAGACCGGUGGAUUCAGUGCAGCAAACAUGAUGUAUUCUGUGGAUUUUUACUCUGCACCAAUCUUACUCGAGCACCACGUAUCGGUCAGCUUCAGGGUGAGAUCAUCCCAACUUCCUUCUACCAUCAAGGCCGGGUGAUCGACUGCAGUGGUGCCCAUGUAGUUUUAGAUGAUGAUACAGACGUGGGCUAUGUAGAAGAUGGAACGCCAUGUGGUCCGUCCAUGAUGUGUUUAGAUCGGAAGUGCCUACAGAUUCAGGCCCUAAACAUGAGCAGCUGCCCACUGGAUUCCAAGGGUAAAGUCUGUUCAGGCCACGGGGUGUGUAGUAAUGAAGCCACCUGCAUCUGUGAUUUCACCUGGGCAGGGACAGAUUGCAGUAUCCGGGAUCCAGUUAGGAACCCUCACCCCCCCAAGGAUGAAGGACCCAAGGGAAUAUGUACAAGAAAUGAAAUGCAUGUUAGUACUGAUUUUCAGUUUAUCUAUAUCCAUGCCUUGCUGAAGAGUAACAGUGAAUAUGGCCACAAGCAGGCUAAUAGGUGCCGUUGCCGGCACCAUUCUGGCCCUGGGGGUGAUUUUUGGAGGCACAGGGUGGGGAAUAGAAAAUGUCAAGAAGAGGAGGUUCGAUCCUACUCAACAAGGCGCCAUCUGAGCCGGUGGCACUGGACGAGCACCGCCUUGCACUGCUGGCUCUGGGUAUGACAUGCUCGCGGCAGUGCUGCCAGAACUGUUCAGUGUGUAAACAAGAACCUUGGGUAGUGAUGACCACAGAGCUAAAGUCGGGGUCACAGGGAUGGUGUAAAAGAAAGCUAUCUCUUUUGGAAAUAAUUUCAAAGAACCCCUUCCACCACCUGUCAAUAAAGGGGAGCAAAAGACCAUGUUAUAUAAAAGAACUGUUUCAGAAUCUUUUUUUUUUCUGAUUAAAGGAAGAAGAAACAAACAAAAAAAAAUUAAGUGCAAUAAAAGAACCAUUAAAAAUAGCAAAUGAUUUGUUUUCCCUCAGCCUGCUGGCACUUAAUAUCUUCUAAAUGAUUUGGCAUGAUUUUUUUCCCUUUACUACCAAUGACAAACUCCAGUGGCAUGAAGAUCUAAUUUUCGAAAGGGUAAAAACUGCAUGGCAUAUACACAACAACAAGCUAGCAAGCCAAUUCUCAGCAAAACCUGAAAUGGAAUUCCUAAGGUGAAGAUGACAGAGGAACACACAGAAGCUGCCUGGGCCUCUUCACUUAAAUGCCUCCCCACUCCCCUACACCCUAAGCCCCAACCCCCACCCCUAGAGCCCCCACUCCCCGCUUGAGACCAGGCCAUAGCGCAACUCCAUGGACCAUGCUUUCGUUGACUCCUUUUCCCCGUUGUUUUUUCUCCUGGACCAAGCAUCCUUUGGAAAUGGGAGCUGGAAUUUGAACACUGAUGCUAUUGUAUAGUUCUUCUACCAAUGUAAAUAUGGAAAUAAGAGAUUUUGACACAUCAUUUUCACUUGUCUGUAUUGAAAUAUUUUUCUUGUAAAGGUUCUCUGUAAAUUUGUUUUGUCGUUUGCUCCCCAUCUUUUUUGUUUCUUUUCUCUCUUGCUUUGUCUCUGUCCUUCUUUCUUGUACCAUGCUGUACAAUGAUGACUGGGCUUGCUUAAAAAGACAGAUGUAGCCACAGAUGCAGGGAGUUUGGGCACAAAAUAGGUGCAAUUUAAAGUUGGUUUGCUUGAAACCAAAAAUAGACAAAGGGUGUGUGUGGGGGGGGGACACAAACAACAAAAUAACCCAUAUCAAAACACAAAAAUUAUGUAAAUUCAAACAUAUGUACUGACAAGUCUCUGAAAUUUUUUGAUGCCAUUAUAAACAUAUGUAUAUAAUGUAUGAAAGUAGACACCCUUUCAAAGUAAUCACAAAAGUGCCAAGCUCAUAAUUUUAAUUUUUGGUUUUGUCAGUUUUCUUUCCCUGUCUUUAAUGUGAAAGGAGGAUAAACUUAAAGCCUUAAAUAAAAAAAAAAUAAUUUUUAAAUGUUGAAAGCUUGGGAAAAAUUAAGCUUUCCAUUUUAUUUGUAUCUGUUAGUGUCAGUAUUUCAUUCAUGUUUCAUCUUCCUGCCUCAAAGUAUAUAUGGUAGAACCCUAUCAUAAAAGUGGUUUUGGGGACAGAAGCAGAAAUCACAGUUUUAAAAUCAUCGUUAUAAUAGGCUUUCAUUCCAUGUGUUGUGUUUGCAAAAGCGUCCAAUCUUUGAACGUUGGGUUGUGCUGGAUUAUAAUUGGAUUCCACUGUAUACAGAGUCACUGUCUUCUUUUUCCUCCAGGUAGAUUUGCAGAUGUAAUCUGAGGUUUCCAAGUCCCUCUGAGCUUCCUUCACUUUCACCGAUUUCUUUUUUCUAUUUAUGGUCAAGAUAGCUUCUGUUCAAGUGUUAUGUAAAUAAGUUAAUAAAGAAAUUUGAUCCCAGCCUUGUUUUGAAUGUACAAACUCGUACAUGAUCACUUCGGUGAGCAUCCAUUUAGAGACAAACUUUACUAAAGGCCCCCAAAGAGCCUCCAGGUACCUAAUGCCCUCUUUUUAGGAAUAGAAUGUGGAAUUUUACUAUUCACUUCUUCAUGACACCGAAUCUGUUGCUAGAUUUAGCUCUAAGUCCCUUUUCAGCAAGAUUCACGACAUAAGUCUUUGUAGCUUUUUCUUUGACAUUGGAAAGACUUAUUUCCUAAAGAUGCACUGCUUAAAACAGUGACUUUCCCCCCAAGGUAUUUUUAAUUGUGUAAAUAUCACAAUCAUAGAGCAGAAACCUUAAUUUCUAUAUGUUACAACAGACUAUCACCUAACAUCUUAUUCCUAUUGUUGCUUUCUGAGUAAUGGGUGCUACACAGGUAGGCAGAUGUUCUCUAGGACUAGCUGUAUGUUUAUUUUGUAAUAACAGGGCUAUCUACAAGGUCUCUCAGCCUUACUGCUGGCUUAACAAGACACAGGUUGUAUCCCUCUGCUCAGUGGCAAUCGCUCUUUCAGCUUGGAGGAAACUCAGAUUACUUGGUAUCUCUUCCUGUCGCUGCAUUGCUUAGUGUCUCCCUGUUGCUGGGUCCGACUCACUCACAGAUACUAAACUGCUGCUAAGUACACCAUACAUGUUUCACCACUAUUCUAGAGGCACCAUGGUGACAAUAUAAACAAAACCAUGGUGGUCACAAAAUAAGUUAAAUCUCGAUUGUUAACUUUUGAGCAUUUCACAAACAACAUUGUCAAUGUGCGAUGUUAUGUUUCAAAUCAGACCACAGUGGUCCCCAAAUAUUAUGUACAUAUGGCAAAUGUCAGUGUAACUUUUUGUUACAUUGGCAGUUUCAUAGGUAAUCAAACCUAUGCUCCAAUGUUAAAUUAUUUGUGUGUAUAUGUAAAAUACACAAGCUUUAAGCUAUGUGUGUAUGAAUAUGAAAGAUAAUGCAACCAUAUUAAUCGUAAACAAUGGAUUAUAAUUAUUUUUGGUGGUAUAGGUUAUGUAGUUUCAAACUCUUUGCUGUAUUUUCUCUUGCACAUGCCAUUCAUUUGCUAAUUUUUAUGGUUGUGGAUAUUCCUUUUUAUUAGUUUGAGCUCAAAGCACAAGUAUCACUGUUUAACGUUACCCAACAAGUGUUAGUGUUAAGUGAUGACCAAGUUCCCAUUUCACCUGCUGUACUUUUGCUGCAUUAAUUAAUGACACCUGGGUGAGGAGACGUGCGCUAACUUCAUUGCUCACCUGAGAUAGUGCAUGUGCCCAUUGAAUUAGAGCUACUCCUACUAGAUAACUGAGUAGUACACAUAGGUGCAUGUUACAAAACAUGAAUCACAUAGAGCUGUGGAGUUUUACCAAGUGGUGUGUUUUGUUUUUGUUUUUUACUAUGCAAAGAUGGGAAAUGCACAAACUUUUCAACGACUACUGUCUAAAGAACUUUAUGGACAAUACUUGAACUCUUUCUUUAAAGUCAUCCCAUCAUGUUUUAUACUCAUUGUUGCUUCCGUAGUUAAUUUUCAUUUUUAAGUGCUUUGUAAUUUUUAAGUAAGUGCACAAUCUAAAAUUUUGUUUGAAGUUAAUAAAUUCAUUCAUAUCUUGUUGGCUGCCUAUGAAUGGAGAUUCAGUAGUCAUUGUAUGCAUCUUUUAGUCAAGCGUGUAUUAAAACUUUUGUUAACGUAGAA